GCCUUACCACCAUCACCUUGUCUAACCCUCCGCCUCUAACCCAGGAACUUCUCACCUUAACUCUCUCACCUUACAUUUCCUUAACCUUUCCAACUUCUUUCUCACCAGUCUCACCUUUCAUCCCCUUCCCCCAGUUACUUCUUCCUCCACUUCCCUUCCAUCGCCUCUUUACUUCUUCUCCUUACCACUUCUCUAGCUUCAUACCGCUUCUUUAUAUCCAACCCACCUCUCACUUCUAUUUGCUCACCCCUCCACCUCCGACCAUCUAUCCCACCAAUCACCUUCAUCCCGCCCUCGUCGUCUUCCUUCUUCCCUUCUACGCCAUUUCAUCGCUCAUCCAUCAAUUGUCGCCUGGCUAAAUCAAGCAGUCCAGGCUGGAGCAGGUCUCAAAAAGUUUCAAUUCAUCACAAGUCCGUCUAAUCCUACUAAUCAAUCAGUCCCCGUCUGAACCCUAUCGCCGCCGCCAUGGGUCUCAAUUACUAUGCGUCCGCACCCACCCUUAUCCUGGGUCCCUCUCAGCCGUCGAACAUCUUCAACAACCCCCAGCAUGACCAGCCCGAUCAAGUCAUGGCCGGCACUCUCCCUCGCCGCAAACGCCUUCAACCCCGUUUCCCUGCCCCGCCCUCCAUGAACUACCUCGCCAAGGCGAAUACCAACCUUGCUGGCCGCAAGCGCUCCUUCGAUGACCUGGACUCAUGCGACGAGCCUGCGGAUCCCCUCGCAGUCUGCACCAUCAAUGGCUCCACUGCAUCUACGCCAUCCGCUGAACCCAUCCACGAUCCCGGAAUGGCUCUCUUCUACCCCGAUGGGCUCAGUCUCAACAUCGCUGCCGAGUGUCAGGUCGGUAUCUCGGCUCAAACCCACUUCCCAGGCGAUGAGAUGGAGAAAUUCAGUGCUUUGCCACGUGAACCUCUCGCGCGCAAGUCGCAGCGCCUCCAAAACGGUGUCACUGCCGGCAACCAUGUCCAGGCUCUUGAGACCGCCAUCCCGGCCACCAUGCCUUCAACCCCGACUGAUGCGAUCGACCAACUCAACAUCACCCUUGGUAUUGGCUGGAAGCGUCUCUCGGUUCACCUCAUCGACGCAUCCAAAGGCUGGGAACGCUACAUCGAGAACCAUUAUCCGCUUGGCUCCGCUUCCAUCCUCCUCUUCAGCGAAGCUCUUAAUACAUACCUCGUUCGCACGGUCCUUCAGUCCCCGCUCACCGAUCCAUCCUCGCCUUACGAACGCUACUACCUCUUCAAAGAAGAUCUCAGCUGUGCGCAGCUGGUCGGAGCCAACGCCGAUCAAGCGAUUCAGAGUCUUACGAACAAAGAGGUCUCCGCCGACGGCACUGUCCUGCAGCACGUCAUUACUCGUGGAGAAACCAUUCGUGCGGCGUCGCGGACUUCCCCUUCCAAUACUCCCGGACCGUCGCCAGCCACGAUGGAAGUUGCGGAAUUCGAAAUGGAGAUGUAAAUUCGAGCAUCCUUGAACUUCGACGUCGCUUUGCCCCGUCACGGCACGCUCCGCGAAUUUCCGCGCCCUCUUUUUCGCUCUGGAAAAGAGCUCACUUGACGAUCAUUGACGGUCCAUAUCGCCUCAUUGCACUGUAACACGGUGCUGGAAUGGCGUUUCUCGGGUUGAUUCCGGUUUUCUCAACACUUUAUCUGGGAAGGCGUCGCACUGGCAGUGAUGUACCAUACUGCUGAUUCAUCCUCAUUUCUGCUUUCGUCGCUUAUUCGUGGAACAUCAACUGGUCACGACGGCGAUGUGCGUCGGCUGCUGGCUCGUUAUCGGCGCAAAAUGCAAUCGAUGGCACCGUUCUGCGCGCCAGUGAGGUUUGGUAGUCAUAUUGAACCGAUGCAUACUAGAGACAGCAACGUAAAUGCAAGAAAUCCAAACUUAAACGCUCACCGUG